GUCGCAUGGUCGCGGCCCUAGUCGCGCGCUCGCACGUGGGCACGUGGCUAGGCUUGGCUUCGCUUCUACUACGGCCUCCCCUCCUCACCGACAGGCAUGGCCCACACGUCAGGCGUGGCCGCCCGUCUGAACCUGGUUUUCAUGGGCCGCCCGCUCGCACGCAGCGCGCAGCCACCGCCAUCUGGGCCUAGGUUUUCCGGGAGAGCGCAGCGGCGGCGCGGAAGCAACGAAGCGACCGCUUGCGGGAAGGGCCGGAGCCGAGCCGGCCGCGCCGCCUCGCCCGACGUCGUAGCAACCAAGCCACCCCCGCUCCACGACGAGGAGGAGGAGGAGGGAGGAAGGAUGGUGAGGAGAGGGCGGAAGGGCAAGGACGCGGCGGCUGGCGCCGGCGGCACCGGUGGCAGAGGCGGCGGUGCCGGCAGAGGAGGCGGCAGAGGAGGAAGCGGCGGCGGGGGCGGGGGAGGGGGUGUUCGGGAGGCGACGCUGGUGCGCGUCUCGAAAGUGCUCGAGGACUUCCAAGCCUCCGACGCCCAGGUGUACAAAUUUGAACCUGGCAUAUCGAAACAAGAGCGAGCGGCGAUACAUGAGAUGUGUAGAAAAAUGGGCAUGAUAUCCAAAAGUUCUGGGAAUGGGGAACGACGAUGCCUAUCUGUUUACAAAAGAAAACAGAACCAGGGCCUUGAAACAGAAGAAGGACCUAGCCAUCUUGGAUUUUCUGUGGAAGCGAGAAAUGUUUUGCAAGAUCUAUUUAUGCAUUAUCCCCCAGAUGAUGCGGAGCUAAAUGGGCAUACUGUCAGGAAUUCUAGUGAUAAGGCUGUAAAGAUUCAGUGGAAGCCAGAUGGUGCAUUUUGUAGGCCAGCAUUGCGCAAACCGGAUAUAUUGAAGAAGGUGGAGAUGCUUGCAUCGAAAGUAAAUAAAUCCGAACAGUUGAGGAAGAUUGUCCAAGAUAGAUCUAAACUUCCAAUUUCCUCAUACAAGGAUGCAAUUUCUUCGACUUUAGAGAAUCACCAGGUGGUUCUUAUUUCUGGAGAAACAGGAUGUGGUAAAACAACACAGGUUCCUCAAUAUAUCUUGGAUCAUAUGUGGGGUAAGGGUGAAUCAUGUAAGAUUGUAUGCACUCAACCAAGGCGAAUAUCAGCUAUCUCAGUUGCUGAGAGAAUCUCUGCGGAAAGAGGAGAGUCUGUGGGUGACACAGUUGGGUAUAAGAUACGCUUGGAGUCAAAAGGAGGGAAGAACUCAUCAAUCAUGUUCUGCACAAAUGGUGUUCUUUUGAGGCUAUUGAUAGGCAGGGUAACUAAUAUUUCAAAAGAACAAAAUCAGAAACGCUCAUUUGAUGAUGCAGUUACUGGGAUAACACAUAUUAUUGUGGAUGAAAUCCAUGAAAGGGACAGGUUUUCAGAUUUCAUGUUGGCUAUUCUAAGAGAUUUGCUGCCGUUGUAUCCUCAUCUGCGUUUGGUACUCAUGAGUGCAACGAUUGAUGCUGAGCGGUUCUCAAAUUAUUUCAGUGGAUGCCCAUUUAUUCAAGUCCCAGGGUUUACCCAUCCUGUCAAAACUUUCUAUUUGGAGGAUGUGCUUUCUAUUUUGCAAUCUGUAGGCGAUAAUCAUCUUGAUCCUACAACAGAUGAUCUGAAACAGAGCAGUUUGUUAACAGAUGAUUACAAAAGCUCAAUGGAUGAAGCCAUUAACCUAGCUUUGGAUAAUGAUGAAUUUGAUCCUCUUCUUGAGCUUAUUUCUGCUGAGCAGAACCAAGAAAUUUUCAAUUACCAGCACUCAGAAACUGGUGUGACACCUUUGAUGGUUCUUGCUGGAAAAGGUCAGGUUGGGGACAUUUGCAUGCUUCUAUCAUUUGGGGUGGAUUGUUCUACACGGGAUCAUGAUGGAAAAUCUGCAUUAGGUUGGGCAGAACAAGGGAAUCAGCAAGAGGUUUGCGAAGUUAUUAAGAAACAUAUGGAAUGUGGUUCAGCAAAGUUAACUGAAGAGAAUGAGCUGCUCAAUAAAUACUUGGCAACCAUCAAUCCUGAGCACAUCGAUACUGUGCUAAUAGAACGGUUGCUCAGAAAAAUUUGUGUUGAUUCCAAUGAAGGAGCUAUCUUGGUGUUUCUUCCUGGGUGGGAAGAUAUAAAUCAAACACGGGAAAGGUUGCUUGCUUCUCCCUUCUUUCAGGAUUCGUCAAAGUUUCUUGUGUUGUCACUCCAUUCCAUGAUCCCAUCUUCGGAGCAGAAAAAAGUUUUCAAGCGUCCACCAGCAGGAUCUCGUAAAAUAAUUCUCUCAACCAACAUAGCAGAGACUGCUGUGACAAUUGAUGACGUCGUAUUUGUCAUAGAUAGUGGGAGAAUGAAAGAGAAAAGUUAUGAUCCAUAUAAUAAUGUCUCAACACUUCAUUCUUCCUGGGUUUCAAAAGCUAAUGCCAGACAACGUCAAGGGCGUGCGGGUCGUUGUCAGCCAGGAACGUGCUACCAUCUCUACUCUAGAUUUCGAGCAGCCUCAUUACUGGAAUACCAAAUCCCUGAAAUAAAGAGGAUGCCUAUUGAGGAACUAUGUUUACAGGUCAAACUGCUUGAUCCGAACUGCAGAAUUGCAGACUUUUUAAGGAAAACUUUGGACCCUCCAAUUCCAGAAACUGUAAGAAAUGCUAUCACCGUACUUCAGGAUCUUGGUGCUUUGACUCAAGAUGAACAACUGACAGAGUUAGGGGAAAAGUUGGGCUCCCUUCCGGUCCAUCCAUCUACAAGCAAGAUGCUCUUGUUUGGUAUAUUAAUGAAUUGCCUAGAUCCGGCGUUGACAUUGGCAUGUGCAGCAGAUUAUAGAGAUCCUUUCCUCCUUCCAAUGGCUCCAGAUGAGAGGAAAAGGGCUGCUGCAGCCAAAGUUGAGCUUGCUUCAUUGUAUGGUGGAUACAGUGAUCAGCUUGCAGUUGUAGCAGCAAUGGACUGUUGGAGACGUGCCAAAGAUAGGGGCCAAGAAGCUCAAUUUUGUUCUAAGUAUUUUGUGUCUUCUAACACCAUGAAUAUGCUUUCAAACAUGAGGAAACAGCUUCAGAAUGAACUAGCCCAAAGAGGAUUUGUUCCUGUAGAUGCAUCUGCAUGCAGCUUAAAUGCUAGAGAUCCAGGUAUCAUUCGUGCUGUCCUUAUGGCCGGUGCUUAUCCAAUGGUAGGGAGAUUGCUUCCCCCUCGCAAAAAUACUAGAAGAGCAGUCAUUGAAACAGCAAGUGGUGCCAAAGUUCGACUGCAUCCACAUUCUUGCAACUUUAACUUGUCUUUCCGUAAGACUUCUGGGAACCCAUUAGUGAUAUAUGAUGAGAUCACUCGAGGCGAUGGUGGAAUGUACAUAAAAAACUCUUCGGUUGUUGGGUCCUAUCCUUUAAUUAUUCUUGCUACGGAAAUGGUUGUUGCUCCACCUGAGGACGAUGAUAGUGAUGAAGAGGAUGGGGAUUCUAGUGAGGAUGAAACUGAGAAAGUCACUUUGGGACAACAUAAAGAGAUAAUGUCUUCUCCUGAUAACUCUGUUUCAGUUGUUAUUGAUCGAUGGCUUCGGUUUGAUGCUACAGCUCUUGAUGUUGCUCAAAUAUACUGCCUUAGGGAGCGCCUAGCAUCAGCUAUUCUUUUCAAAGUCAAACAUCCACAGGAUGUCCUCCCACCUGAUCUUGGAGCAACUAUGUAUGCUAUUGCGUGCAUCCUAUCAUACGAUGGCUUGCCUGCUAUGAUUACAUCUGAUGAUGUUGCUACAAGUCAGGGUUCAAACCAAAGUUCAGCUGAAUCAAGCAGAUUCUCUCAGGGUCGUAGAGUCGGUUAUAUUCCACCUGGCGGUUUCCUCAUGUCUUUGUUAUCGGAUAAACCUCUUAAUGCGCCUCAUUUUCAGAAGUCCUUUAAUCAUCCAGAUGGAGCUUCAGGGCAUAUUCGGUCAUCGAGGACCUCCGUCGGUAGAUUUGAUCAGUCUCGCCAUCCUCAACGUAAUAAUUCUGGACCUGGGAGUUCAGCAGCACGGACUUUCAAAAGACAGCGCAACGGUGCACAGUGACUCUGGACUAGCGGCCGCGUUUUGCAGAUCCUUCGGCUAUGCUGGAAUAUUGGAUGAAAGGCUUUUGUGGCAGAAAUAAAGGAUUGCUGUCUUGGCCGGGAGUUAAAUAGGACUUGCAGCCUUCCUUUGUUGAAGGGCCAUACGAUGGCAACGUGAUGCCUUGAGCUGAAAUCAUAAUCCAGAAACGCUGUUUUGCUGGUGACUUGCAGCCUUCCUUUGUUCGGUGCACGUUGCUAUUCUGUUCAGCUCUGCUUCCCAACUUGAGCGUGCCUUGUAAUCUGAUGGCAAGGCGACGCCAUGCCAUGCCACAGUCCACUGGUGUCUAACCACCAAAUUGUACUCGUUGGAAGAGUGACCCAUACAGGCUCAACGGGAGUCUGAAUUCUGAUGUCCCUCAUACAGCCAUACAGGAGUAGUAGGUUGGUAGUCUGAAACUUUUGUUUUGCUCUGAUGAUGUACGUGAAGAAGUGGUGUGUUUCCCUUCUUCGACCUAUGGUUCUUUUAUAGUACUGGAGUAGUACAGUAGUACUAGUAGUACAUGCGCCUAAAUUCUCCAUGCCAUGUGUAACCACAGUGAUGUUAUGCCGUGCGCCUAAAUUUUCCCGUUCUGGUUUGAGAUA